AUGAUCAGUGCAUCGGCCGAGAACUUGUACAAGGGUAUCCAUUUCCACCCCAGUUACGCGUUCAUGGACCAACUUCUGACCGAGAUGUUCAGCCUUGCCAAAAUUCCAUGCCAUUUGCACGAGGUUGACGGCGCGUACAGCGACGAGCGAUUUCAUGCGUUUUGCUUGACACAGGACAAGUACAAUCCAGGCAAGGGUGGUGUGUUCGUGGAUGCAGUCAGAUGCCAAAACCAUGCAACCCAUUUGAUCACGGUGUCAAUGAUGAGUUUGAUCCAAGGGAAUUUGCUUUCAAAGUUGUACCAGCUUAGCGUAUUUCUGGCCAAUCUUGGUUAUGUUCUUCGCCUUCAACUGGCUCUGAAAGAGUGGAUAUUGGAACAUCUGGAAGUACAUGAGUUCAGUGACACGCAAGCCCUUCAACCAGAUCCUCUCAUGACUGAAAUCGUAGACUACCUGGUAGCAUCACACCACCAGCAGCAGCAGGAAGGAUCCAAACGAGCUACAGCUUUUGACAGGCACAUUCGGGCUUUUCGGGACAUGUGGAACGGCAGGGUAGAGUAUGUGAGACACAUAUUGCUAAAUCUCUCAGCUUUGAUCUACCACAGGAAAGCGUACUACGAAGAGCUUUCAAAGCAGUCUGAGUUGGAAGCAAGCUACAAAAGAGCGUCUAAAGCCUCUUCAACCAUCCAGCACUGCACCCAGCAGCAGGGCAAUUCAGCAUUGCAGGACCAGAAAGAGACGUGUCAGCAUGUGGCUUCAGGCCGAGCAGCUGUGGAUGAAUCUGUCAUUUGCUUGCCGCAGCAGCCAUCUGCGAAUGGGACAGCAUGGCCGAUGAAUCCUUGGAUAUUGAGUGCAGAGGUUUUGGAGAGAGAUGCUGACCUACCUGUCCUGUGCAACAGCAUCCACAACACAUUGGCCGAGAUGUCUCAAGCAAGUUCCUCCGCUGCAGAUUUGCUUGGAAUGAGGUUGUCUAAUGAUAUGCACUACACUGCUUUUGUUUCCCGUAUCAAGCAAUCCUUCGUCUCUUUGGUUUCAGCAUGUGGGCCUAUAAGUGAUGCUGCAAAAGAGCCCAUACUCCUUUGUUGCAGCAUUGUCGGAUCUGACAAGAUUGAAAGAGAUACUUAUGCUUGGUUGCUUGCGCCAGCUGCCGUCAGUGGCCCUCAUCAAGCCAGACAAGUCUUUGCUUUGUGCCAAAUAAUUGUGGUAGCUGAGGAAGAUUCUAUUGUGCUUGAUUUGCAAUCGUUGCCUUACAUUCCAUCAUCGGUUCCGUUCGCAUCACAUUCUUUGCCAGUGGGACCAUUGCAGCACAUGAACCAAGACGAGUUUGCUGUGCACAUUGUUUGUAGCUGUGGUGAUGCUUUGGAUGUGCAACCAGAGGAAGUUAGAAUUGAGCGCCUGGCUUUCGAAAACAUUACCUUGAGCCGGGUGAAGGUCAUCGGAAUCUGGGGUAGUUUCCUGCCAAUAUGCAUCAAAAUGAAUGAAGAGACGGUGGUUCCUUGCGAGCCUGGCGUGAACAAGCUUCCUCCUCCAAAGAAAUCCAAAGUGAAGCACAGCUCUGCUGUGGAUUUACUUGACCUGGUGUGUGUUGAUGCAUGCAGGGAUUCCAAGAAAAACUCCUGCAAAUCAUCGACGGCAAUCCCCAAGUCAAGCGCGAAGAUCAGGAAAGCUAUCGUUGAAGAGUUCCUGGCAGAACAAUGCAGCGAGAACGAGAUUGUCGACACGUCCUCUUUCUUUCCAGCAGAGGAUCUCCUUUUGCCAAAGGAGAAUCAGAGUCGCGCUUUGAUCAAAGCUGUGGGAGAUGCAAGUGUUGCUGAAACCCUGGACCAUCAAGCAGCGAAAUCGUUGUUGGAAGCUGUUGGUGCAUGCCAAGAGCAGCAUUCGAGUAAGGUAGAGAUCGAGUGUGACUUUGAUGAGUCAGAUGAGGAAGUCUCAGCUGAAAUAUCCACAUUUACAGAUGCGGACAAAGACACGGCCACUUCCGUCAGUGUCAAUGAUUCUGAUAUCCCUGGCAGUGAUCAACAGCAAAACCAAAUGAGGCAAAGGAGUGAUGUGCUCGAUUUGCUGACGUCAUCACAGCAAGAAGCGAGCGCAGGUGCAAGUGCAAGUUCAACAUCAUUGCCUACACCGACAGUGCCUUCUAUAGUGAACACUACCUUGAAGCAGCUUCCUGAUGGAUCGUCCUUGGUUCUUCGUGCCUACAAGAACUUCAGGAUCUUCGAAAAGUGCAAGUCCAGACUCGACAUCAUCCCCUUUCAAAUUCGCUUUGGCUACGGAGGGGACAUCACUACCAGUGGAGGUGGAGGAGCCAAGGGAUCCAAGUCUAAGAAGGUUCCCAAGCAACAUGCCAAGCCCAAGGGACCUUGCAAGAAGCCAGCCGCAUCUCGAGCAUCGAUGCAAAAGGCAGCGUCCUCCACCACAAGCCCAAAGAAGCGACCUUCUGGUCGUCCUUCCAAAAGGCCUGCUGCUGAGAUGCGGAAUCAGAAUCCUGAUCCUGAUUCACAGAAUUUCUUCACCACCGAGGAUGGCAUUUUCAUGAGCUUUGACUACAUCGUCCCUCUCACGAAGCAGCAAGCCAACCUGCUUCCCAUGUCGGAGAAGCUGGAACUGAUGGAGGACGAGAUUUACCAGGAAUGGUUCGAGAUGAAGGAGCACAAUGCAUCCUUUUUUGAGCCGAGUACCGCUUUGCCAAUCUUCAUGGAAUCUCACUUGAGAGAGCGGGGAUUUCCAGAACCUAUGAUUCAGGUCGAGAGCAACUUCGAGGCCUACACCAAAGAUCUCGAUGAAUGGGAAAGCAACCGCCGGGAAGGCAAGCGCUUUCGACACAAUUCGAACUCUGUGGAGGCUGAGACCAAGAACUCGUUGACCACGAGGCAGCUCAAAGGAUACCUAUGGACCAAAGAGCUCCUGCAGAAGCAUGGCGAGGAGAGCUUGUGGAAGAAAAGCAAAGCUACGACCAUUGUUCAUAUGAACAAACCAAUUUCAGGAAUGCUCAGAGACAAGUGGAUCCUUGGAGCAAUCGACGUCUACGAAGACUCCAGCCACAGCGCUGUUCGUCGACAUGAUGUUUGUAGCGGUGAUGACAAGGCAGAUGCUGAUGCAGCUUGGAAUGCUUUGUCCAAUCAGGUGAAGCCAACUGUUGAGACCGAUGAGGACGAUCCUGGCACUAUGCAACUGAAGUGUUCCAAGAAGAUCAAGCUACAGACCGAGGAGGGCGAGGAAUCCUUUGCAGAUCUUUGGGGGGUCUCCUUCAUAGUCGGUGCCGAGGGCAGUGGCCAGGUGAAGGGAAAAGCAUCUGAGUAUUCUCGGGACUUUGACAUCACAGAGAGGGCUAUUCAACAGGUUGAGGACCUCAAGACCAGUGUGUCCAACGAAGCUAGCUUCCUGUCUGUGAACUAUGGCAAAGCCCAAUCAGUGCUGGACAAGAUUUCAGCUCGCAACACGGAGUCCAUGCAGAAGCUCUACCGGGAAGCCACGCAACAAGGUGCCAACGCAGUUGGCAUUGAAUUGCUCAGACGAACGAUUCAAGCAGAAAAGCAAGCCUCUGCCAUUGCUUCAUUCGUUGCCGCACUUCACGACAAUGAGGCUUCAUCGCAGACUCUACAGCAAACCAUGGAAGCUGCUCGUUUGGAGAGUAUGGUGAUUCCUUCGAGUGCUGACAAGAUUGGCAAGUUGAAGGAGUUGGCCAAGGCUUCGGACUGGACAGCCUACCUUCGCGACUUGGACAUUGACACCGGCCUUGCGAAGAUCUUUGACGCGCAAAACACGAGUGAGAUCUUUGAUUUCCAGGCAUCGUCUAUGACAUCUUCUUUGAAGACUAUGCUGAUGCAAGAAUUGAAGAUUGAGCAGAAGCCGUUUGAUGGGUCACCUGAUGACAAGGAUGCGGUCAAAAAGUAUGAGGAGGAGAAGAAGGAUUGGCAAGAGUCAGCUGCUCAGGCCAAGGAUCAAAUGCUAAAGCUUGCCCUGCUUUGCCAGCACGUGCUGAAGCCAGCUAAUGAAUCCUUGAGUCAAGACAGCAUUGACCAAAUCAAGGAAGCUCGUUCCACUUUGAUCCAGUCCAAGGACAAGGGCACCUUUCACGAUGCCUUGACGCUGUUUCCUGUGGGGAUGUUUAUCCAGCAGUCUGCAGCUGAUAUGAUUGCCAGCUACUUUGACAAGGGCUUGAGUGGUGAUAUUGACGUAGCCCUGGAGAUUUGUGAUGGCUUGAAAACCUAUACUGCUGAUUUGCUUCUCAAAGACAAACCCAGUGGUGAGACAGCCAAUGGAGAGCGUGGAAUUGAUGUGGAAUUUGUCCUCCCAAACAACAACAAGCUGGCGGAGUUGGCGCAGAAAGUUUGCUUGCUAGAGGAGAAUGCGUCUGCUCGGCUGAAGGCCGAAAGGGAGGACGAUAUCAGGAAGCUUGAAAGCAAAAUGCUUGAGGUCGUGAGCGCGCUUUACUCUGCCACAUCCAUCAAGUUCGCGAGGAAGCAUGGGUCCUUCAUUGAGCAAGCCUUCGAUGCUCUUAUUGAGGGCAAGGUGGAUCCGAGCGCUGAUGCCGUCAUGGCGUUGAGCAAUCGCUUGAAUGAUUUGGCAGGCACAAGCUUCUUGCCAUGUUCCAAGACGGUUCUUCUCAAAGCUUUGGGCGAAAAGCGCUAUUCCAAAUUCGAGGUGGUCAUGAAUGACAACAAGACUUUCUACGCCAGCUUCAAGGCCGCCUACCCGAGCCUGGUCUCUUUGGUAGCCAAGCCAAAGGAGAUCGUUCCUUCUGGGCUAUUGAAUGAGGCCUUGGAAGACUUCAUGUCUCACUUGUCAAAUGAUGCCAUGCUGCUCCAAAUUGAAUUCGGAAAGCUUGUGGCGGAGUUCAUUUGCCUCUGCGGCAUGGAUGAGGUGGACGUGAAUGGAUUGCUAUCGAAGAAAGUGGUGGGAGAGUUUGGAGAUGCAAACGAGGUUGAGGUCCAGGGCGACAUGUACUCCCGCAUUUUCCAGCUCUUCUUUGAGAAGGUGGACGAGAACAAGCAAGUGAUGCAGGUUAAGGAUGCUUCUGGCGCUGAGGUGUCUCUGCCUUGUUCUGCGGUAUGCUUCGGUUCGUCUCUUCUACCUCUGGCAAAGAAGAUUCUCUAUUUGGAGGAGGUUGUGGAGCAGGCGUCCAAGUUGCCUACGGUUGCAGACAACCUCCCCACUGCCCAAAAGGAAGGCAAGGAAUUGCUCGAGAAGACAGCAAUGCAGUUCAUGCUGCAGAAUGGGUUCGAACCUUUGCAAAUGUUGUUCAAAUGCCUUGUCUCAAUUGACACAUGCUUGGAACACGUCAAGUACAAGCCGGGCACGAAGGUCUUCAUGAAUUGCAAGGAGCGUUUGAACGGCAUUUUCAAGAGUAUGGUGAAUGUGAUUCGCGAGGAUAUGACCAAGGUUGAAGCACUCACCAAAACCACUCUUGAUGGACUUGCCAAAGACUAUGAUCUCGUGAAGAUGUUUGAGAGCGAGGACAUUGAGCCAGUGAUGGUUUCCAAAGCUUGUACAGACCCACGCACUGCCCAGCUCUUCGUUCUGUGCUCCCAGGGCGAGAGUGGCUUCACUAGUGCCAAAAACAGUGUGAGCAAGCUAGGGUCUCUUUGCCAUAGCGUUGAUGUUUUCCAAGAUGCUGCUCAGUGGGCAAAGGCCGCUGCGGCAGAUAUGUCUGGUUUCUUAGAUGAGAAGAGCGAGUCCGAGGACGCGAGCGAGUACGAAGAAGGCAGCGAGUCGGAGGAGGCCGAGAGACCUGUCCUGAAGCCUCGUUCUCCAGAGCACGAGGAGGCCGAGGAAGAGAAAAGGGACAAAAAGGCCGACAAGAGGCGUUCGAGGGACAGCCACCGUCACUCGAAGCACAAACGCUCCGAAAAGGAACACAAAGGGCGCUCUAAGGAGAAACACUCCAAGAAGGACAGGAAAGAAGACGAGGCAGAGCGCCGGGGAAGGAGCACAGAGAAGCGCCGAGGAGAGAAGCCGCCGGCAGAAACACGCAAGGGAGACCACAGGGCCGGCAAAGGCAAGCCGCAAAGUACGAAAGGCAAACCGCGAGGGUCUAGCGCAGGGUCGCGGGUGAAGUGCGACAUCUGUCACCAGUGGACCACGGGGCACGCCAGCGGCCAGCAGCAGCACAAGGGAUCCAAUCUCUUGCGCUUGACCUGGCAAGCGUGGAAUGCUUUGGCGCCUGAGAGUCGCCUCCAGGAGGGUGCGUGUGCAAGCUGCGAGAAGAGGGCAGCUGCUGCACAGCGCCGCCACAUGCGGUGGGACGAGUACGAGGAUGUGGUUGUGGACCCGGUCAUAGCUCUGGAGAAAGAAGAGCAAGACCGCGCCCAAGCAGCCGAAAAAGAAGCGCGCGAAGCCACAGCCUGUCUCAUCCUCUCCGUCGCCGCCUGCGCGGCGGCCCAAGAAGAGGAAGGACACCAGUUCGAGCAGCGACAGGGGUUCUGCGCGAACCGGCGGAACCCCCCCGAGGGGGUCGGGCGAUCUAUGUCCAGGCGCGACCUGCCCGAAGAGCCCGGCAGGCUGAAAGGCAAGACCUUUCAGUGCCGUCCGUGCUUGACGCUGCAAAGCUUGCUGUACAGGAACGUCGGCGCCGGGACGCUGGACAAGUGGACUCAAGACCAAAAGAAAGACUUCUUUCGCAAGGUCGAGGAAGAGAUGCUGCUUCGCGAGAAGGCCAUCACGAAGAAGCCAGGAAAGUCAGGCAAGCGCAAAAAGACCGACGAGAAGGAGGAGGAAGUGGAGGACGCGCAGGAAGACGAGUGGGACGUGGCCGCCCCACAGCCGAAGACAACUGCCGCUGCAAAGGCGAAAGGAAAAGCCUCCAAGGGCGGAGCAGCCGAAGAGACGCAGGCGGCCCAGGCGAAGCGACUCGCAAAGACGAACCAGAAGACGGACAAGGACAAUGAACGCACGCUAGGAGAAGCAGUCAAAGCUUUGGCAGCAUUGACGCCCCAAGUCAAGGCCCUGAUCACCGUGAAAACUCAGGCACAGAAGCUAUUUUUGCCUGUAGAGUCGAUAGAAGCAGCUCUGCAGGACACGCAGGAGAAGAAGACUGCGGCCAACAACGUGGUUAUGGCGGGAAACCACGUCGCGGCCCACGCGAUCAAGUCCCUCCUCUCCGAGACGAGGAAGACCAUCAAGGCGCAGAAAGACCGUCUGGCCGAGGAGAAGGAAGCGCAAGAGCAGAAGCACGCCCGGCAUGGUGAGGAGAUACACGGAGUUCUGAUAUCGAACAAGCGAGUGCAUCUCUACGGUCCUCGCUUUGCGGACGUUGGCGUCCACCACAAUUUGCGCACUAUGUUUGCUGACAUGGGUCCAGUCCAGGUCGACUCCUCCGAGGAUGAGACCUCUGCAAAGCAAGAAUCCUUGCCUAUGAAAUCUGGCUUGGCUGAAGAGACCGUCGACGUCCUGGAACCAUUGGAGGCUGAAUUGGAAGCUCGGAUGUCAUGGGACGGUGAGCUGUCCACAUGCGUCAUCCAUAUGGGGAAAGCCUUGAAGGUGGUGCGAGACACGCUCCGCCCUGCGCGGGCGGAGCUUCAACGCAGUUCUGUCUGCGUCGACGGAUCUGCGGGCGCUUUCGAUUUCGAUUCCUCAUCUGGCGCGAGUGCAUGA